AUGAUUGAUUUGAUUAUUUUACAGAUUGCUCUAGUUUUAAUCAUUGGAUUAACCGGUGCAGUGUUUGCCGACAAAGAUGCGACUGUUCUCAGGCAUGACGCUGAAGUGAAUGUGGAUGGAUCCUACCAGUUUGCGUAUGAAACAUCAAAUGGAAUUACCCACGAAGAGCAAGGGGCUUUGAAGAAUGUCGGCGAUGAGCAAGCUCAGGUUGCUCAAGGACAAUUCUCGUACACGGAUCCGGAAGGUAACAAAAUCUCCCUCCAAUAUGUUGCUGAUGAGAAUGGAUUCCAACCUCAGGGAGACCAUCUGCCAACUCCUCCUCCGAUUCCAGUUUUGAUCGAAAAAGCCCUACGAAUUUUAGCUGAAAAAUCACAACAAUAA